AUGGAGUAUGAUUUAAGCGAUACAAAAGCCCUACCUGUACUGGCAGUUUCUCCUUUACCUGGAUUGUCUUUGAAGCUCGAGCAAUCAAAUGACACCCAGAGUCAUGGCACAACAGUGUGGCAUUCAGCUAUUCAGUUGGCGUUCUAUCUUGCUGACAUACUCAAGCCACCUACGUUUAAUCUUGAAGAAGGAAUCCUGCACCCCAAAGAAAACAAGAGAUGUCUUGAGCUUGGUAGUGGAUGUGGACUAAGUGGGCUGACGAUGGCUGCCUUUGGAUUUGACACAACAUUGACAGAUCUGCCUGUUGUAGUAGACAAAGUGCUUACCGCUAAUGCCACACAAAAUCUUGCUUCAAUCAAAGACUACUGGUGCGAUCUCCAACAAGCCCACCAACAUUCUGCUCAUAUGUCAGAUCCAAAAAUACGUGCCAAACCCCUUGACUGGCUCGACUUAGAUGCAUCUUCAAACUGGCUAGAGAAUCACUACCACUAUAUUCUUUCAGCUGAUUGCAUAUAUAGUAUUGAUCUCGUACAGCCUUUAUUGGAGUGUAUAUUUAAACUAUCUUCUCCUACUACCAUAGUGUUGGUGGCUAUGGAAAGAAGGGAUGCACUGGUGGUAGAUGGAUUUGUGGAGAAAGCAAGGAGCAAAGGCUUUGAUGCCCGUAUUAUUCCAAAAAAGAUGGUGCGAACGGCUCUUACAAACAAUGAAGAUGUUGAAAUUUGGAAAUUAAAGAAGAAACGAACAAAAAACGAAAGCUAG